GGGGCCCUGAAAUUUGAGGGUGAUGGUAGUGACUAGUUGUGGCCCUCAUGCAGGAGCGGAGAGCUUUUUCUGGUUUCUGAAACCUCGAGGGAUAGGAGAGGAUCUGGGCGGGUGGACGGAGGUAGGAAGAUGGAAGAGGGUAGACACCCUUUUUUUAGAAUGGAGAUGGAUCCCGCUUAAGGCAACAAAAAAAGCCUGGUUUAUGUGUCGACGCUUUGUCUGACACCUUUGAGUCCUGACGAGGUUUUAUUGUGACUACUGCGAUACAUACCUCACCCAUGACUCUAUGCAAGUUUGUACUUUACCACCUGCUGAGGUUUAAGGUCUACUGCUUGGAGAAACUAUUGGAGAUUAUUUUCCGACCUUUCCUGUAACUUUGACUAAAAACUGCUUGAUAAGUCGGGCAAAGUGAUGUACCUGUAGUCCCAGCUAUGCAAGAGGAUGAGCCAUCUGUGAGAAAGACACACUGCAGUGGUAGGAAACACAAAGAGAAUGUGAAAGACUACUAUCAGAAAUGGAUGGAAGAGCAGGCUCAGAGCCUGAUUGACAAAACAACGGCUGCAUUUCAACAAGGAAAGAUACCUCCUACUCCAUUCUCUGCUCCUCCUCCUGCAGGGGCGAUGAUACCACCUCCCCCAAGUCUUCCGGGUCCUCCUCGCCCUGGUAUGAUGCCAGCACCCCAUAUGGGGGGCCCUCCCAUGAUGCCAAUGAUGGGCCCUCCUCCUCCUGGGAUGAUGCCGGUGGGACCUGGUUCUCAGCAUGGGCCUCCUGCUCACCUUUCCUACAACUCCGAACAAACGCUUAGUGCUCCUGGAAUGAGGCCACCCAUGGGAGGCCAUAUGCCAAUGAUGCCUGGGCCCCCAAUGAUGAGACCUCCUGCCCGUCCCAUGAUGGUGCCCACUCGGCCUGGAAUGACUCGACCAGACAGAUAAGGAUAGAGGGGAGGCCUCAUUCUGUCAGUUUUAUAUUACCUGUUCGGCUUCACCAGGAGAUCAUGCUGCUGUGAUGCUGGGUUUUCUAAACAGCAUAAGGAAGACUUGCUCCCCUGUCUGAUCAAAGAGAAUAGUUUUGGAGGGGAGAGGUGGGGCAAAAAGAUGCAGUUUUCAUUUGUAUUGGGAAAUGUAAAAAUAAAACUGUCAACUCUUUUAGUUAAAA